CAUUAGUUUACCAUUUGCAGCGCCAAAACAACGCAUUAGAAGAAUUUGUGCGGAACAACGCGAUAUUACCCAAAAAAUAAGUAGUACAAAAAUGUUCCGCUUCACGGUUAGCUUCGUGAUCAUGGCUGUGUGUUUGUGCACGUCCGCGUGGGCUUCGCAAUACGGUGGCGUGGCACCGGCAGCAUCCUCGUCGUAUGGCGGCAGUGCCGCCGGCGGUGCUGCUGGCGGCUCAUCGGCCGCCCAGGUAAUUACACUGCCCGCCAAUGUUGAAGCUCAAGCUGCCGCUUUGACGAAUGCCGCCGGCGCAAAGGCGACCGCUGCCAAAAUCAAUGCCCUGAAAUGGGAUCUGCUUAACUUGUACGGCUACGAAAUCGGUUAUCCAUUGUUGGUGAAGAAGUACGGACCCUUGACUUCAUUGUUCUCUGCCUCGCUGCCACCACGCAGUUUUGUUGGCAAAAUCGAUCCCGCUUUCUUGAAAGACUCGAAUGGCAAAAUCAAACAUGUCGGUGAAAGCUCGAUCGGUGUUGUGGCAAUCUAAGAUGAUCGCGCCUAAAACGCGAAUUUAAAUUAGUGCGACUGAAACCUUAAUACUAAAAUUAGCUUGAUAAUAAAGCUAUUGUUUUUUAAGUGGAAA